UACUGGUAUCGUUUCGUAAGAUUACGUGACAUUUGAAUGGUGUAGUGUAAGGUUGUAUUUUUGUUGAGGAGACGCCUGAUACGUGUAUAACAUUUCCGCUGUGUACUUCUGUGUGGUGUCGGGGUUUGAUUCAACCUUCCUGAAACAAAUAAUGGAGAGAUCACAAGAAUGCGACGACUUCCUGAACCUGGAUAACGAGGCGAAGGUGUCCUCAUUGAUCCUGUUGGUACUUAUCACAAUCCACUUAGGUCUGUCAGAGCACGCGAUCAUACCACAUCACCCCUCCACACCCACCUGUUCGAUGAGCUCCCAUAUGACCUGCGACUACGAUUUCCAAGCUGAGUAUUUCUACACCCUAACCAAAGCCUGUCAAAACUGUACUAACAACGUCACAGACUGCUACAGACCGGGUUAUAUUUCAGCUGGCGGCAAUAUGUACCCCAAAAGGUUCUGUGGGUGAACAUGAGCUCCCUGGAUCAUAUGUACACGUACAGAAGCCCAUUGUAUUGUCUGCGACAAUGAAUUAUAUGUGAACGCUACAUGAUAUAAGGAGUUCAAUGUUGAUCGGAGACGACGUUGCAGAUACCUUACUCUUCAAUUCAGUUCAGGUCUUCAACAGCGACGGAAAUCCUUUCCAUCCAUCAGUAUAUAGCUACAUAGAAACUGUGGUAGGAAAAACACUGACCAUCUCUGCCGUGAAAGAACUCUCAGCAAACAAGGCCUGUGGGUGUACAUUGUAUGUUCUAUGCAUUUCCAUGCGUUUCGUUGUGUGUUUGGUAUUUCGUUCCCAUGAUGUGACAGUAUCGGAGCAUAUGUUAAGCGUUUAUUCUGAUGGAACACUAAUAUGCUAGCAUACCGUCUAAUAUCCAUAACACAUUCUACAACCAACCAAAUGAGUGUCUGGCUAGAGGACAGUAAACAUUCGCAACAUAUAUAAAAACUCAUAUCUGAGAGCUGAAGCCUUGGAUUUCAAAGAUGUUUCGGUGGUCGAAAAUAUUUCCCGUUGGAUAUGUGGAAUGCGCUCUAUUGGCUGUGUGAUCAUAAAUUAUCCUUCCGUGAAAUUAUUAUACACAGUUGAAACCAAUAUCCCUAUGGGUGUAGACUUACUGUCGACUUGUGUUGGCGUCGACACAGUUGUUGGUUUGGGCACCUUCUUCUUUUAUCAGUACUUACUUACAAUACUAGCAUAUACCUGCACUUGGCUAGGGAUGGCUCACACACCUUGCAUCUUUUCUGUGAAUACACGUAUCCCGUUCCAAGUUGACAUACUUAAACUUCUGACGCAUUCUAGGCCUAAAUGAAUAUUUAUGAAAAUGUUGAAAUGUCAAAAAGAGAAAACACAGUUGUACCGUAUUACUCAGUAACGGGAAAUUACUUCUGAGGUUUGAUGAAAGUAGAGCAGAUAGUCAGUUUUAAGAUACAGAUGAAGCAACGGUAAGAUACAUGGUUGUUUUAGUACACUUUGCUAUACACACGAAGGUAUUCGCGUAACUAGACAAUUCAUAUCAUUGUUGUAAGGAAAUCUUACAAGAGAAUAGCAACAAAUGUUAGAAUGGCGCUACCCAUUGAAAGUGGCGUUCGGCUUUGUUGUCAAACGUGUUGGCAUUAGAACCUGCGUCAUAUAUUAAGCUACGAAUUCCUGCACUUUUAUCACAUCUAUUAAUAUUUUCGCUUUUCUAUUUUGCUUGAACAAUAAACAUGUGAUUCAAAAUGUAAUGUGUUCCCGUUUAACAUAAUGUAUUUUUCCUUCGUAGGACACAAUAUGCACAACUCGUGAAAAUAUCUGUUCUCUGCCACGCUCCUGAAGUAAAUGUGGUAUCCAACGGAAAACUAUUUAACCCUUUCACCCCUAUAAAGGGUUAAAUGUCAUCAUUAUGUCUUGUUUCCCGAUACCGUAAAAAUGAAUUACAUAGGAAUUGCUCCCCUUCACCCAUAUUUCCACCCAUUGAAAGCCCUUCCUUUAACCACCACAAAUUCGUUUUAAACUAAUCAUACAUAUUGUCAGUGCUUCUUUAUUACUUGCCGAGUUUGUACAAAUUUAUUGCUAGCCGAGUUUGUACAAAUUUAUUACUUGCCGAGUUUGUACAAAUUUAUUACUUGCCGAGUUUGUACAAAUUUAUUGCUCGCCGAGUUUGUACAAAUUUAUUACUUGCCGAGUUUGUACAAAUUUAUUACUUGACGAGUUUGUACAAAUUUAUUACUUGCUGAGUUUGUACACAUUUAUUACUUGCCCAGUUUGUACAAAUUUAUUACUUGCCGAGUUUGUACAAAUUUAUUACUUGCCGAGUUUGUACAAAUGUAAUACUUGCCGAGUGUGUACACAUUUAUUACUCGCAGAGUUUGUACAAAUUUAUUACUUGCUGAUUUUGUACAAAUGAAUUUGACCUUUGCUUUUGUACUAUGUAAAUAUUAGCCAACUUUUCGCGCAGAAACUUCUGACCAGUCAGAGUGCAGUGUGCUUAUAAGUUACGAGCGAAUUUUGCUCAACAUCAUACUUAGCCUUUCUCUUUGUAGCAUAUAAAUGUUGACCAAGUUUCACAGGAAACCGGUCAUACAGUUGCGUUUUUCAUUAAGUUAUUGUGCAUAAAUAAUUGACUUAUAAGAGCAUACUAUGACACACAAGGUUUGCUCAAUUUUGAACUCUGCCUUUAUUGUAUUUGAUUUCAGAAUUGGUCGAUGUCAUCAAAAUCUUGUCAUAUUUGAUAAAUGUAUUGUUUGGAAACAAUUGACCAAAUCAGAGACCAGUAUGUCCAGAUUUAAGCUCGAUUUUGAGCUUAGCAUUUGUCUUUGAAUAUUAUUCAUGCUUACCAUGUUUCAUCAAAAUAAACUGAUGUUUAAGCAUUUUCUUCAGUUUUCUUGAGUGGUUCUGCCCUAGGUACUAAUGAGUGUCUGGAUUCGCCAUCUAAGUGGGCUUUUUUG